GGCAGGCAGGGCUCACUUUUGAUUCCAUUAGUGCUGCGCCGGGGAGACCAUGCCGCUGUUUUAGCCCAUCCUAACGCAACUUGGAGGAUUUGCGGCGAAAUGCGGCCUGUGCACGAUUCGACCAUGUUGCUAAGCAUGUGAGGGACAACGUUGCGCCGGAGACAACGAUGCACCACCGCAUUCUGCUGCUGCUCUUCUUCCUGCUCGCCAUGCUCAUCUCUACCAACACGCAGGAGUGUGAGCCGGCGGAGUGCGAGGCUGCGGCGGCGGCUGCGGCGGCCGUCGUGGCCGCCGAGGAGGAGGAGGCGCUGAGGGAGGCGGCGCUGCGGCACCCGCGGCGCCGCGCCUCGGCCAAGCGGACGCGGCAGAGCAACAAGGCACGGCGCUACCAGCACCGACUGGCUGAGUGCCCCGGCGAAUGCAUCGGCGCCGACGGCGUCGCGUUCAACGCCACCGAGCGGCGGCUGACGCUGCUGCUGCUGGGCAACGUGCUGAACACGGCGCAGCGGGACAAGUUGCGAAAGUGCUCGGUCGGCCGGCGGCUGGACGGUGCCGAGGCCGUCGAGCUGCUCGGCGCCGCCCUCGAGACCGAGACGCUGUCGCAGCCGACGCAGUACGUGGUGCACGUCAGCGCCCACCAGUGGCUGCAGGCCGACCCUGAACACGUCGCUAAGGCCGUCGUCGGCGUCGUCGAUAAGAUGGCCGAAUAUCUCGGCUCCGUCAGCAUCUACGGCAGCGAUCGCGGCGAGACGCCGCGUUCCGGCGCCUCUGCCCAGGCCGUCCGCACCAUCGUCUUCGAGCAAUGCAGGAACAAGCCGAGGCGCUGCUUACCCCUCGAAGACCUUCAGUUUCCGCUGACGGUGCUGCACAAACUGCAGCUGAACCCGAGCCUGCUGGACGAGUACAACACCCGGUUCGUCGACCUGAAGGCGAUCGAGACGCUGAGCACGGCCGUGUUCGCGCCGCCGACGCCGCCGCCGCCGCGGCCGCUCCCUUUGCACAAGCAACUCGACAAGCUGGUGCACAUGAUGUGCGAGCGCGAGCGCGGUCGCAACCGGUUCAUCGAGAUGCAGGACCUGCAGGUCAAGCGGCCGCAGGAGCCCGCUGCCAGUCUUGGCGAGCCUGGAAUGCCACCUGAGACUAGUUUGUCCUUGGGCGACAUUCUCCCCCUCAACCCCAAGCACUACGACAAAAAUCGCGCACCAAAAAUGGCUGGGCAGCCGACCAUAGUUUACUUUCACGUCACGGUUCUCUCGCUUGACUCAAUCAAUGAAGAAUCAAUGACCUAUGUGGCGGACAUUUUCUUGGCACAAAGUUGGCGUGACCCUCGCUUGCGCCUGCCAGAGAACAUGAAGGAGGAGUAUCGGAUACUCGACGUUGAUUGGCUGCACGAGAUCUGGCGACCUGACUGCUUUUUCAAGAACGCCAAGAAGGUCACGUUCCACGAGAUGAGCAUUCCGAACCACUACCUUUGGCUCUACCACGACAAAACCCUGCUCUACAUGUCCAAGUUGACGCUGGUGUUGUCUUGCGCAAUGAAGUUUGAGUCGUACCCGCACGACACGCAGACCUGCUCGAUGAUGAUCGAAAGUCUGUCGCACACGACGCACGACCUGGUGUUUGUGUGGAACGUCACCGACCCGCUGGUGGUGAACGACCUGAUCGAAUUGCCGCAACUAGACAUCGCCAGCAACAAAACCAUCGACUGCACCAUCGAGUACUCGACUGGAAACUUCACUUGUCUCGCCGUCACGUUCAGCCUGCGCCGCCGCAUCGGCUACCACCUUUUCCACACCUACAUUCCUUCGGCGUUGAUCGUGGUCAUGUCAUGGAUUUCGUUCUGGAUCAAGCCAGAGGCCAUUCCUGCCAGGGUAACUCUCGGAGUGACGUCGCUCCUUACUCUAGCGACGCAGAACACACAGUCCCAGCAGUCACUGCCACCGGUUUCGUACGUGAAGGCCAUAGACAUUUGGAUGUCGUCGUGUUCUGUUUUCGUGUUCCUCUCGCUAAUGGAGUUCGCCGUGGUCAACAACUACAUGGGCCCUGUUGCGACCAAACAGAUGAAGGGCUACUCGGACGAGGACAUUCGAUCGGCUGUAGACGAGUUUAAGGAGUUGGAGCCCCGUUGGAACUCGUCGUCUGUGCGGAACCGAGGCGGCAGCCCUGUGGCGUCGCGGGUGACCGCGACGCAGCCGCAGUACGACACCUUUUGCCAGGGCAAGCAGACCGCCAUCUGCAUAGACAAGUUCUCGCGCUUCUUCUUCCCCUUUUCCUUCUUCGUCCUAAACAUCGUCUACUGGACCACUUUUCUGUAAAAGGCACAACGACAGCUGCAUGGAAGAGACACUAUUUCUUGCAAUGCGUGGCGGCCGGGAAUUCUGGCCAAAUUUUGAAGGAAAACGAAAUGAAUGAUCAGACGUGGCGAGGCAACUCAGGAAUGAAGCUGUGAAAUUGCCUUUUGUUACUAAUUUUCUUCUUCUUUUCCCGGGAUAAAGAAAUUGUUGGCAUUUUUCCGCCCGCGCGCGUGAAGGAAACGCGCUGCCAGCUUUCCUGAUCGCCGCAGGGCGUCUUUUGAAUUUAAAUUUAUUAUCGAGGUGUGAAUUUCGUGCGUAGACAAGGUUUUAAAUUACUACACACAGUAGUUUGGGCAAAAGCGUGUUAAUUUUAAAAUGUAAUUUGAAUUUAUGUAAAUGUCACGUAAGGUUUAGGGCAGUGCAUGCACGUAUGUUAGACCAUUAAAAUCGCAGAUAUUCAAUAAA